AGUGCAGCUUCUGACCGAUUUGAGCUGAACAGUCUCAACGAGUCAUUGUGAUACACAACACAGAGGCUUUUCCUGAUAGUACAGGGGAAGAAAGUACUCGUGUAGACCAGUACAAGGAUGGGUCAGAAACUACAGUUCAAGCGAUGUAGCUGUAUGACUCUAUGACUCCUCCUGCAGUCCUGUGAUUAGGCCUUCACAUUAAAUCCUCACCUGUGCAGCCAUGGGAUCUUGGACCAGACCUUCGUGUAAAUGCUGUAUUUCCAAGGCAGUGCAGCCUCUGGUCGCCUUGGAGUUAAUUGAAGACAUUAACAUGGAAACGAAGCGAUGGCUGAUGACCCGAUUGCAGGCAGAGAAGAUAGUUGGUGGUGCCGAGCUCAUGGUCCACCCUGGUGAAGAUGAUGAUGGCAACAUGCUUCUUGUUUCUGCAUCUCAACAUGUUCUGCUGAGGGCAGCCGAGGUUGUGGGACUUUACAAACUCUACAAGGACGGCUCCAUGAUCGCAUUUUCAUACAGAGACAGCAGAAACUUUCAAAACUCAGAUAACAUCAAUGAGUUUCUGACACUUGCUGAACGUCAAUUUAUUGUUUUACGCACAUUGGAGAAUAUAAAGGCCGUGGAUGAGAAAUAUAUUCCAGGAUACCCUACAGAAACCCUCUAUCCCGGAGAAGCAAUUUUUAACAGGCUACAGAAAAGCAAGAUUCUACACACAUUCUAUCCAUUGCAUGAUGAGCAAAUUCUGUGCAAACUGGGAGCUCGCUGGCACUCUUACAGGAAUUUGAGCUUACAGCCCAUUGACUCAAUUUAUUCAUAUUUUGGUGGUUCUGUCGCCAUGUACUUCAGUUUCCUUGAAUUCUUUACCUGUUCACUGAUGCCAAUAGCAGUCUUCGGUACUGCUGUCGUUCUACUAUCAAUGGACACAAUUGACAAGUGUAUCCUCUUUUCGGUUUUCAACAUGAUUUGGUCGACUGUGGUCAUGGAGUUGUGGAAGCGACAUAGUUCAGUUCUAUCAUACACCUGGGGCACCAUGCAGAUGAACAGCCAAUUUGAGGAGCCCCGUGUGGAUUAUAAAGGCUCAAUGGGAAUAAAUCCAAUCACCCAUCGUUACCAGCCCUACUAUCCUGCAUGGAGACGCAAAUUGAAAAUUUGGUGUGUUUCAGUGCCAGUACUAUGUUUGUUCUUGAGCUUCUCUCUGUUUGGGAUGUAUGUUUUCUUCAGGAUGGAGGCACUGGUCAAAACCUAUUACAGUGAAAAUGAUGGCUGCUGGGCCUGUGCAUUAUAUCUACCAAGUAUUCUUCACACUCUCUACGUUACUGGUAUGAACAGCCUGUACAAAAUGGUUGCUGAAGUACUCACUGAAUGGGAAAAUCAUCGUUUGGAAUCAUCUUAUCAAAACCAUUUGACAAUCAAAGUGUUGGUGUUUCGCUUUGUCAAUUGUUUCGCUGCCCUGUUUUAUAUCUCACUCUACCUCCAGGAUCUAGAGCUCCUCAGAAAGAAACUUGCAUCACUGCUUGUUCUGACUCAGAUCAUCAAUCAGCUCAUAGAGGCAUUGGUGCCCUAUUUAUACAAGACCAUUAUGAGGAAAGGAGCAGGUUUGAAGAAAACGACCAUGGAAAACACACCAGAUAUCGACAAAAUCAAAUUACAAGGAGAGAUGUCGUCAUUUCCGGGGAUGUUUGAUGAGUACAUGGAACUCUUUGUUCAGUUCGGUUACGUCAGCCUUUUCUCCUGCAUUUACCCUUUGACGGCCAUACUGAUAAUGGUGAACAACGUCACGGAAAUCCGAAUGGAUGCGAUGAAGCUCUGUCAUCUCUUUAGAAAACCUUUCAUCUCACCAGCAGCAAACAUAGGGGUGUGGCAGACUGCGUUUGAGAUGAUAGGAUUCUUGUCAGUCAUCUCCAACUGUUUUCUAAUUAGUAUUUCCCCUCAAGUAGAAGGGUAUUGUGCAGAAAAUAAUAUAACACCCAAGAAUGUGUUGAUCUGGACGGUUGGCAUUGAGCAUGCCUUAUUGGCCAUAAAGAUCAUUUUAGCUUUCGCUAUUCCUGAUGUUCCUCAGUGGGUGAAGCUGAGGAUUGAGAGAGUUGAAUAUCAGUCCCUUCAAGCCCUCAAGCACAAGCUGGCUGAAGCCAAUAAAGAUGACAGCAAAGAAAUGGUGGCGAAAGAAACACUCUCUGAUGGAACUACGGGGUUCAAUUCUACAGAGAGCUCACUGUAUACAAGCAAGAAGCAGCUAAACUUACUGUAACCACUCUGUUACCACGAACAACAGAAAUAUAUUUCUGUAAGCAUUGAAUAAUCCCUGCUGAGAAAUUAUCUCUGUCCCUCCGUCAUUUAUUUUUAUGCUUUGUGAAUAAUCACUCGGCUCCUUUGUUAUUUUGUGGAUUGCCUCUACAUGCACAAAUCUAUAUAGAAACCAGUCACUGAUAAACUACACUCCCUACAGCAGAAACCAUGACUUCCACUUGUAUUUCCAGCUUUGUCUCUUGAUUAAAGCAAUAACCUUUCACAAAUAUAAAUCAUCACAGCCAGGGACAACACAGACCAAUGGUCUGUUCAGAAAGGGUGGCAGCAAAACUGGUUUCUCUUUUACAAAUAAGAUCCUGUUUAUUUAAAUGAUUAGCACAAAGUCCUCAUUAUUUCUGCAUAAUUGGCACAAAUACCAUCCUACCUAGUGAGAUUUUGAUCCCAUUGCCUUUCUAUUUUUAAUGCUUCUCUGCAUUGCUAUGUGAUGAAAUGUUAAAACAGCAAGUUUCUCAUGAAAGUAUAGCAUUCCAGAGGUUGAAUGGUCUAACCAAUGAUAGAUUAGCAUACAAUCCAGCCCUCUUGUCUGCGGUUGGUGCUGUCUGACAGUUGGAGACCUUUCCUUAUGGCCCUGACUGAUCGUAAUAUCUUUAUCCAGAGACUCACUGAUUGAUGGCUGGGUUACUUACCCUGUGACACUGAGUGAUAGUUGCAGGCCUCAUACUGCAGCAAGCUGGCUGUACACUUUCCCAUGUGACAAUCUGACUAAUCCUUGUGGUAAGGCCCUCUGACCAUUUAUUACUCUGUGGUAUAUUACUAUCGCUUCAAACUGACAAACACAGAAAUAGACAACUUCAUGACAGCAAUAGUUAGUGCUAUUGGCCUCAAUUCUAUGUCUUGAUGUUAAAACUGUCAUUCACACACAUACCCAUCGGAUAUUACCUUGAGAAAAUGUACAACAUUCAGACUCAGUGAUUUGUGGAUUCUGAUCUGUACUUUAAUACCUCCUCUGCAAACCAUAGAAAGUGCAUAGGAACUUUACAACAUUGAUACUUGAUAAAUAUGACAUUGCAGAGGAUUCAACAUUAAAAGACUAAAAGGAAAAAAAGAAGGAUUUGUCCCUUUGAAAUGUUUGAUGCAUAUAAUGCUGGGUCGUUUAUUUAUUAGUUUUGUAUUACUAUUAUUGCGUACAUAUGGAGUGGGAAUGAAUA